CAGAUUUGAUCAAAAUAUGGAUACAGAUGGGAUCUUAAGUGGAGUAACGUAUACCACCAGGUCACCGGUGAAAACAUGCUUGUGGUAUUUAUAGAUUUUCUAGUUUAUAGUCAAGUGCAUGUUUACCGUGUUGUUGUCCUCCAUGUUGACAUGCUAAGUGAACUAGCAUAGCUUGUUAGCUUCAAUCACGGUUUCCGCGCCCUUAAACGGCACGUGCAGUUUGAAACGUUGAAUAAAAUCAUAUUUGUUAAUGAUGCAACAUAUAACUUAUUACACGUGGCUGUACACAUAAUGCUGUGAACUUUAGUCAAGCCAUCCUGUCCUCCAUGUAGACAGUACAAUGCCCUUGGAGGAGGGACCUCAAUCAUCUGCUAAAAAUGCAGAGAGGCGUACAGCUGAUAUGGAUGGCAGGACUAGUAGAGGGGAAGAGCCUGUUGCCGGUCCUUCUAGCUCCCAAAGACAGGGUUACUGCAGCUGCUGUCAACUUCUGUACAACAGUGUGGAACAGCACAUCUUGAGUGCCCAACACAGAGAAGUGGUGCGAGCUGCUCGAGCUAAUGUAUCUUCUGGAAGUUUGUUAGAAAGAUUUCUCCAGGAUGUGCUCCAACAUCAUCCCCAUCGUUACAGUGACACACGGCCUACCCAUGCUGAUCUACCUUCUCUUGCCAUCCCACCUGUCCCAAAAGAGGAGCUGUCUGAGGUGUACUGUGGAUCAGAUGAUGACGGUGUCUCUGUUGGGACACGUGAAGAGAUGCCCACCUCUGAUGAAGACUCCUGCCAAAUGCUGCAAAUUGCAGCCUCAACUCCAGCAGUGACAACUGACCUUACUGCAAAUACACACGUACAAACUACUUCCCAAAUAGGAAAAAUGGUGCCUGAACCACCUCCCCCUGAAAAGUAUUCCCCCACACAAGGAUUUUUGCACAGGACUAGUGGAGGCUCUGCCAAUGACAAACCACAUACAUCACAAAUGACAUUACCCAUUCAGAGAGAAAGUUCACAGACACACCCUUCUGGUGAUCCCUGUGCUUCAGGGGGUCCUCAAGUCACCAAGGUAGGAGACAUUGAACACAGAAAAGCACACAGAAAAACCAAUAGGGAUAAAGAGGGGAGUGAUUCCAUGGCAGCUUCCCAAGCCUCACCAGAUGUGGAGUAUAUUACCUCAAAGGACAAGCCUGAAACCUUUCGAUCAGUGGCUGAGGAAUCCACUGUGUGGACUUCAGUAUUGCCACCUUGGAAAGGCCCCCAUAAUGAACAAACUUUCAGUCAUCUAUCUGAUCAAAUUCGAGAUGUGAUAGAGGAGGUUAUUGAAAAGCACUGUUAUGGCCACAGUCUCAAAGUCGACCAGCAAGACGACGAUGUCAGCUUUAUUCUUAGUCCUCAGUCAUUGAGCGAAUCCAAAGGCAGUGCAGAAUGGGACAAUGCGAUACAGAUGGCUUUGGGAAAAGCAAAGGGUGAGGAGAAGAAUUUAGCGGAGUUACUGGAAGUGCACAUAAAUCUUAAAGACCAAGGAUACCAGACUCAGCUGGACACAGCUCUGAACACUGUUACAAUGAGUGUGGAAACAGAGCCUGAGAGAACCAAGGAGAAUGGCACUGAGGAGGUAUUUCCCGAUCUUCCCCACAUACCACAGUCCUUUGUUGGAAAAACAUGGACAGAGGUGAUGUUUGAAGAAGACAUGAAGAUAGACUCCAUAGUGAGAGAGUUCCAACAUGGUCAGUUCCGUUGCUAUUUUGAUAGUGACUCCUUGGCUAUGUUUGGAAAACACAGUAAGAAAAGGAAAAAGAACAGAAACCAGGACAAAAAAGAGAAAACAGAUACUGCAGGAUGGGAGCCUGUGGACAUGCUUCCUCUAAUGGAACACAAUGAAGAAGACCCAAAACUUCCAGCUGUUUUGUUGAGGAGAAAAAGGCAAAAAAUGUACAGACUAGCAUCACGUUGCCAAGUGGUAAAGGUAAGCCACGGUACACAAACCAUCCCACUAAGCUGUCCUGUGGUGCGCCCGAAAUCAACACAAGAACCUUUCCCCUUGCCACACAGCCAAGAUUCCCAGCAAUGUCUUAGCCCUGAAAGGACCCCUGAUAUGAAGACCAGACUUUGUGCAUUGAAGCUUCCUGCUUCUUACUGCAAGAUUAUGAGUCCUUUACAGCCCAAAACUGUGGUCUAUGUGCUUUCUUCCCCAGAUGCGGGUCAAGGAAUUUCCAAGCCCACCCCUGCUAAGAAAGCAGGAAGGAAGCGGAAGUCAUGUGACAGCGAUGUUGCCCUAAAGUACAAGUACAAAAAGACACCUCUUAAAUACUACGACCCAUUGACCAACAGGAUCUUGAAGAGCCCACCAAAAGGGAUGCCUUCACUCACCAAUUCCAAAUCUCUUUCACACGUCCGACAGUUAUUCCGUAGCCUUAGCCCAGAUAUUAACAAGGAGAGGCAGGGCCUGGGGCAAGGGCAGUCAUCAAGGGGCUCUCGGAAGCGUUGUGGCAGGAGUAGCAUGGUUGAUCUGUGUACCUCCACCUCAGGCUCUUGUCUAGAGAGCGGUGGCCCCUCUGAGCCUGGUUCUUCUUUGUCUAGUAGCCGCAGAGCCUUGUUCAACCGCUCCUCUAUCUCAAGUAACAGUUUCCGUCUGGGACACCUCACAGCAUCUGCCUCCCACAUGGAUGACUCUUCUAAAAUACUUCCUCGUGCUUGCCCCGGAAGUUCCUAUAUGGUUGGAGGGUCGGAACAAGAGGAACACCACAAACAAGCGCAAGUUGGCUAUACACCAAUCAGACGUAGCUCACGGAAGUCUGGAUCUUUGACUCCAGCAAAGAGACCACCAGAACCUACUUACAAGUCCAAGAGAAAGUCCACCAAACCACAGCCCAAAGCAAAAUCGCAGGGCACUCUCCAGCGCACAGUUAGCCCCCGCAUAUCUCCCAGAAACAAGAGCCCUGCUAGGGCCUCACUUAGAUCAUCAUCUUCCUCUAAACUGUCGAUUCAGCCUGUCAUUGCACCCUCUUCGGACAAAAUACAUACAAUGCUCAGUGGCAGUCAGCAGAAGAGAGUGAGGGGAAGGACCACAACUGUACAUAUAGCAGACUGAACGUUAUCAGACACCAGCCAUGAGCAUAAGCUGUCUUCUGUUCUUCAAAUGCUGUAUAGGUUUGCACAUUUGAAUUUCAGCUGACUGUUUCUAGUUGAAGUUCAGUUUUUAUUUGAGUAUAUGUGCAUUUGUGGGUCAUAUCAUGCAUUUUCUAACUUGUAAUGAGUAUAUUUUUUAAGUUUAUAAUAGGUAUUUUUCU